UCGACCCGUUCAGUGUACAUGUUGGCGGGCGCGCGGGGUGCAUGCAGGUGCGCUGCUGAAUCGUCCGCUCCAACGUGCGUUCCGGCCUCGACCUUGCAUUGUGACCUCGCAAAUGGCCCCACAGGCAGGUCGCGGCGCCACCAGCGUCUUGCUGCUCCUCUCCACCCUUUUCGUCGCAGGAUGGUCAUUGGAGAUAAGCGAGCUGCGGGGUCCACAGAUGAUCCAGAACGGAUCGGAGGCAUCGGUGGUGCUGGACUGCGAUUACAAACUGAGUGACAGUGAGAGUGCGGACGGACUUGUGGUCAAGUGGUUCUUCAACAACGAGCCGUCGCCCGUGUACCAGUGGAUUCCGUCCAAGAAGCCGCAGGACCUCGGAGUGCUCAAGGGAAAGCUCGACCUCACGUGGACGGUGUCCGACCAUGAGGCCAAGAAACACCGCGCCCUACACAUUAUCAGACCCACCACCGAACUGUCCGGCGAGUACACCUGCACGGUAUCCACCUUCAAUGAGGAGCGCUCCAUGAGAAAAUCUCUUGUUGUUUUUGUGCCCGAGAAGAGCAUAACGCUGACAGAGAGCAAAAGUGUUGACGAGAAGUCAGUGCUUAUCGAGUGCGAAGCGCGAGGAGUCUUCCCUGAGCCGACGCUUAAACUCUUUCAGGGCUCGGAAACCGACACGACUGAGAUCGAGGACGUCAACGUGAAGACCAUGCUAUCGGGCGAGGGCGUCUUUGACAUUUCGGCCAAGAAGCUGAUCGCUGACCGCGACCUGCAGAAUACGCCAACAAUCAUCGAGUGCGAGCUCGGAAUCAAAGACACUGAUUACAAGAGAAAGAAGAGAGUUAUAUACUAUCCAGAUGGAUACACCGGCCCACGCAUUACUUCUGCCGAAGUAAAAGAAGUGUCGGAAGAAAUUCCAGCCUGGAUAUUUAAACAGGGAAACACAGCCUCCAGGAGUGUGGUCCUUGACGUCUGGUGUCUUUUUGCGCUGGCGGCCACCAUUCUUCACCUGCACUAAGGACGGCCGUCUCCGUGGAGUGAAAGGACUCAUCGUGUACGUGUGAUCUGGUCAAUAAGAGAAGAAUGCUGCUGGUGUCAGUGCCAAUGAAUCGCCGCUGGACCGACUUUAAGAGAAGCUAAUUAGGCAAACGCCUCGCUCGGUGGAAUUUAUUAUUAUUCAAAUUGAAAAUUCAAUUACGACGAGCGCGGUUUCUAUCUAGAUCGCGCGCAGGGCACCACAUUUUGGGCGUGGUAAUUACUUUCGUACGUAUUUUUAAUUUUAUUUUCAAUUUCCUCUAGUCAUCCCUCACUCGCGCGGAGGCCUUGUUACACACUCAAGAGCGAUUAAUUUUCUUUCUUGGCCUAUUGCUGUAUAUAACUGAUAAAAUACGUCGUUUUUAUCACGAUCGGGCGGCCUCUUGCGUAACCAUCGUGAUCGAUAAGAAAAUUUUCUAUUGACCUGUCAAUACACGAGAAAGAAAUGCCUAAUUGUUUCGCAAGGCUGCACUGAUUCCGAUUAAUUCACGAACUGUACUUAAUUUCGAAUGAUGGAAGUCUCAAUCAAGGUCGUUUCGGUAAAUGUAUAAAAAAGAGAAUGUCAAUAUUUUAACCGUUCUGGAUAAGGAUUAAUUAAGGAAAGGGUUAUUUUGUUACGAGCCUAAUAUGUAUAAAUAAAAUGCUUGUAAUCUCACCUUUGUGAUUCGGUGUGUAUAAUAAUUAAUGUCGCAAAACGUAGAGAAGAAGAAAUGGAAAAUAUAUCUCUAGUUACCACACUGAACUUCAUUGAAAAUUGUUGUAUAUCAAUAAGAGAAUCGUUACAAUAAAAAGAAAUUUUACAGAAACA